AACAUUUGGUUGCAGUCAGAGAAAAGGGACAUUAGAGGCUGGCAGGGCCGUGGAACAACACGUCUAAACGGUGUAACGGACACCCUUUCAGAGAUGGGCCACUUCGCCCAAAGAGGAAGGAGACGAAUUUGAACUUUGUAGCUACAACCAGGGCUCGAUGUGGUGUUUCUGGGCGCUCAUAUGAAAGAGUUACUUAAAGUUUAAAAUGUGGGAGAUGGUGGCGUUACCGAGAGCGAGCUCUCCCUUCCUGUCGUCUAGGACAAGAUGGCAGCAAUGCAGGCAAACUGUGCAUGGUAUGGAUUUAUGAGUCCAUAACAUGUUCAGAGAAGCCCUGGAUUAUACUUAUAGUGACUCUAUGUGAAGGUAUGGCCUCACAAGUCUUGGUCUACCCACCACACAUUUAUCAAACCCAGACAAGUGCCUUUAGCAGCGUGAAGAAACUCAAAGUUGAGCCCAGCAGCCGUGUGUACCAUGAGAGGGCACACCUGUGGACUUAUCUGAACAGCAGAACCCUUGGCAUUGUGCACCUAACGAAACAAGCCCACUCGUUUGUGAACCGAGACUUGGCAGUGGGCGUCAAAGUGCGUGGAGGACAAGAUUACCCUGUGCGGACAGUGGUGGUGCGUGGUGUACAGAGACAGCAGCCCUGUAAAAGAGGAGGAGGAGGAGGAGGAGGAGGACAAGGCCCGGCUGCAGCCCAGCAGCGACAGGACGCAGGGAUUGUCCACUUGCAGGGCAAGGAGCAGCAGCAGACAGACACAGCAAGUGGGGGCAGCAGUGGAGCAACAGGGGCAGGAGGAGGGGAAAGGGUUGAGGGCUACAGUGGAGGAGCUGAGGGAAGUGGAGAGGAGGAGGGUGACAGAGAAGAGAACUGUGGAGGUUUAAACUCAGCUGACAGCUCUCAGCGAUGUGGGCUGAAACGUAAAAGUGAGGAGCUGGAUAACCGAGGGAGCACCAUGCAGAUUGUGGAGGAAUUGUCAAUGUUGCCUGCCAUGAUGCAAACGACAAAUGUGGGGAGCGCAAUCAUGGGGGCUGGAGGGGCCCCCUCCAAACAGGGUGUAGGUGCAGCAGGAGGGACUGGAGGAGGAGAUGGGGACUAUCAGGUAGUACAGCAUGAAGUCCUGUGUUCCAUGAAGAACACAUAUGAAGUGCUGGAUUUCUUGGGGCGUGGCACAUUUGGCCAGGUUGUAAAGUGCUGGAAGAGGGGCACGGGUGAGGUAGUGGCUGUGAAGAUCCUGAAGAACCACCCUUCAUAUGCACGGCAGGGUCAAAUCGAAGUUGGCAUCCUUGCCCGUCUGAGUGGGGAGAAUGCAGAUGAGCACAACCUGGUGCGAGCCUUUGAAUGCUUCCAGCACCGCAGCCACACCUGCCUGGUGUUUGAGAUGCUUGAGCAGAACCUGUACGACUUCCUGAAGCAGAAUAAGUUCAGUCCGCUGCCGCUGAAAGUGAUCAGACCUGUGCUACAGCAGGUAGCUACAGCCCUGAAAAAGCUGAAGAGCAUGGGUCUGAUUCAUGCAGAUCUAAAGCCGGAGAACAUCAUGCUGGUGGACCCAGUGAGGCAACCCUACAGGGUGAAGGUGAUAGACUUUGGCUCAGCCAGUCAUGUGUCCAAAGCUGUGUGCUCCACGUACCUCCAGUCACGGUACUAUAGGGCUCCAGAGAUUAUUUUGGGAUUGUCGUUUUGUGAAGCCAUAGACAUGUGGUCCUUAGGCUGUGUCAUAGCUGAACUUUUUCUUGGCUGGCCCCUUUACCCUGGAGCCCUGGAGUACGACCAGAUUCGCUACAUUUCUCAGACACAAGGUUUGCCAGGGGAACAUUUAUUGAAUGCGGGUACAAAGACGGCACGGUUCUUUUGCAAAGAGUCUGACUCCCCUUAUGCAGCAUGGAGACUAAAGUCAACAGAUGAGCACGAGACGGAGACGGGAAUGAAAUCAAAGGAAGCCAGGAAGUACAUCUUCAGCUGUUUGGAUGACAUAGCGCACGUGAACUUGGUGAUGAAUCUGGAAGGUAGUGACUUGUUGGCGGAGAAGGCAGACCGUCUGGAGUUUGUGGGCCUGCUGAAGAAGAUGUUGUUGAUCGAUGCAGAAGAGAGGAUUACCCCUUCCGAAGCUCUCAGCCAACCCUUUGUGACAAUGCAACACCUGCUCGACUUUCCCCACAGCAACCAUGUGAAGUCAUGUUUCCACAUCAUGGAUGUUUGCUGGACUCGUCCCAGUGCAUAUGAGGCAGCCAACAGAAAUAAAGGUCCUUUCAUCAGACCUGUGACAACAAACGCUGCUGCUUCUGUCAACCACCCAUUCAGCAAGAUUACCGGUGUCCACACUCAAGGGUUAGCCCCAUCAGCCCAAUCAGUGAUGCACCCUGGGAUACCACUGCAGACGGGAAGUGGUCAGUAUGGAUGCAACGAUUCAUUUCAGCAGGCCCUCAUUCUGUGUCCCCCAACCCUUCAAGCUAAACCAGCAGGCUACUCUGUUCGAAUGGAGGGUUCUGUGCCUCUGGUCACUCAAGCACCCCCCAUCCAGCCCAUUCAAAUCCGACCUGGAGUCAUCACACAGGCCUGGUCCAGCCGUGCUCAGCAGAUCUUGGUGCCCACUUGGCAGCAGGUGACAUCCGUACCCCCACCACCAACCACUUUGGCAUCUGAUACUAUGGCAGGCUCACAAAGAUUGGGUGACUGGGGCAAAGUGCGUCCUCAUGGUAACCAUUACAGCUCCAUGAUUGCACAUCCUCAGCCAUUCUUAACCAACCAAAUGACCAUGUCCACCCACCAGCCAAUCAACAUAGGCAUUGCACAUGUGGUGUGGCCACAGCCAGCUGCCAACAAGAGAGCCAAGCCUUGUGUGAACAGGUAUUGCAAUAGGGGCAGCAACUUCUCCCAAAACACGAACAUCCAAAAUAUAGCAUGCCAGUCCCCAAAGAUGGCCGAUACAGCAAAGAAUGUGCAGCAGGUAGAAGCCAGAUGCCCAGAGGAAGGGCAUGCUGCUGAAGAGGAGCAAGGAACAGAGCAAGUGGAGGAGGAUGAUGACAAAUGCUGUAAAGUGGAGCCAGACUGUGAGGAGCUUUCAGUUUCACAGGAGCAGCGGCUGGCCAUGGUGAUCUCUGACCUAGCUAGCCCGACUGUUAGUGUCAUCAGUAUUAGCAGCGACGAAGAGGAGAGCGCCCAAAGACACUCAAUGGGGGAUUGUAAGGAUAGUGCCGAUUGUGAGGCGUGUCAGAGCACCGUCAGUAUGGAGAGAGUCUGUUCCCUCAGCAGUCCGGACAGCACGCUCAGCACCAGCUCUUCAGCCUCAGCCCAGUCCAGCACCUCACCCUGCAAACACCCCAACAGUAUGUCAGAUGACGAGCAGGAGAGUGGUUGUGACACAGUGGACAGCUCGCCUGCUUCAGACGCCUCUCACCAUAGCAACAGUCCCUUCACACAGCGGCGCUUCAUCGCCGACAGCAACCAAAACUGCGAGCCCUGUGUUGCGUGCGUCGCCCCGGAGACGGAGCCCAGCAAGCCAACAGUUCGUACAGUUGUGGUGCCUCCAAUGAGACUGCAGAACAACAACAACAACUACUACCCUAUUGUCAGUGAAACAUAUGGCAACACAGGUCACAUGGCCUGGGAUUACGCUGUCUUUGUAGACCACAGAGGUUCUCACAGUCUUAGAGUCUUCGUGCCAGUCCAAAGGGCGAGGCAUUCCUGGGCGACAACAUCACCACUCCACUCCCCUCCUCAACAGGCCCCAGAAGAUCACCCCUGCAUUCCAGCCCCAACAACAGCAGCCUAUAGGCUUUGGGCAGGUGCAGCAUUUCGGUUCCUGCCAUCAGGAAUGGAACUGCAACUUCGCCCAUCGGAGACCACAGGCCUAUAUCCCCCCCACCAUACAUGGACACACAUUCACCCUGUCCCACAGCAGCCCAAACCAUACUGCGGGCCCCCACCUUGGGGGCCACCCGCACACCCAGCCCACCUUACUGUCCUACCCCCCGGCUGGUCCUCUGGUCACAGCUGCACCCGUGGCCCACCUCCUGGCUUCCCCUGUAGCCUCCCGUCCCGUCCUCCAGCCCACCUACAGCAUCUCCCACCCGGCAGGCAUCAUGCAUCAGGUCACAGUGGGCAUCAACCCCCGGCUGCUGCCCUCUCCCACCUUGCACCCCCAGGGCCAAUUCAAGCCCCUCUUUACCCCGCACUCCUACAUUGCCUCACCCGCCUACGCCAGUUUCCCUCUCAGCCCCACCAAAAUAAACCAGUACCCUUACAUUUGAGCAUGCCUGCCCAGGUACCCGUUAUACCACCAGAGGGCUAAGUGAGUAGGGCAUCUUAAAACCGCAAACAUGGUUUUCAUUUCCAAAACCAUGGCACAACCACAGAGAAAGCAAGCUAUUUUUGGAAUCAUGUAGACUUGGGUGUAACUGAACUUCAAGCUUUAAGAAAAAAAUGAAGAAAAAAAGUGAGUUCCAAUGAUGUAGAUGAUUUGGGCAAAAAAUAAAAAGGAAAUAAUGUAUGAAUGAUUGAAUGAAAGAAUGAAUGAAUAGUUAAACUCACACUUAAUGUGUUUUGCACAUUUGAUAUAUAUCUUUGCAUUGGAUCUUCUACGAAUACUCCUCAAAACAGGUAAAAUAAUUGGGGUGGUGUUGAAUAGUUAGACUUUGCACCCCUGAUCCCAGCUAUUUUUCUAUAUUGCCUUCUUACGUGUGCAAGACACAUCCAUAUUUGUAAA